AUGAAGUUCACACUGACCCGCCGGUGCUUGGUACUCUUCAUCUUCCUAAAUCACCCAACCCCAAUUCUUCCUGCCACUUCAAAUGACACCUAUCCUCCAAAUAUGAAGUCCGAGCCAUUUCUCUACGUCCUAGGACGUAAGAAAAUGACGGAUGCGCAGUACAAAUGCUAUGACCGCAUGCAGCAGUUACCCCCAUACCAAGGAGAAGGUCCGUAUUGCAACCGUACCUGGGAUGGAUGGCUGUGCUGGGAUGAUACACCGGCUGGAGUACUGUCCCAUCAAUACUGCCCAGAUUAUUUUCCAGACUUUGAUCCAUCAGAAAAGGUUACAAAAUACUGUGAUGAGAAAGGGGUUUGGUAUAAACAUCCUGAGAACAAUCGAACCUGGUCCAACUAUACUAUGUGUAAUGCUUUCACUCCUGAGAAACUGAAGAACGCAUAUGUCCUGUACUACUUGGCUAUUGUGGGUCAUUCUUUGUCGAUUUUCACCUUGGUGAUUUCGCUGGGGAUUUUCGUGUUUUUCAAGAACCUUGGCUGCCAAAGGGUAACUCUGCACAAGAACAUGUUUCUGACUUAUAUUCUGAAUUCUAUGAUUAUCAUCAUCCACCUGGUUGAAGUAGUACCCAAUGGAGAGCUUGUGAGAAGGGACCCGCUGAGCUGCAAGAUUUUGCACUUUUUUCACCAGUACAUGAUGGCAUGCAACUACUUCUGGAUGCUCUGUGAGGGAAUCUACCUGCACACACUCAUCGUGGUGGCUGUGUUCACUGAGGAGCAACACCUGCGUUGGUAUUAUCUCUUGGGCUGGGGGUUCCCACUGGUGCCGACCACUAUCCAUGCUAUUACUCGGGCGCUGUACUUCAAUGACAACUGCUGGCUGAGUGUGGAAACCCAUUUGCUUUACAUCAUCCACGGCCCCGUCAUGGCAGCACUGGUGGUCAAUUUCUUCUUCCUGCUCAACAUUGUCCGCGUGCUUGUGAGCAAACUGAGGGAAACCCAAGAGGCGGAAUCGCAUAUGUACCUGAAGGCUGUGAGGGCCACCCUGAUCCUGGUGCCCCUGCUGGGAAUCCAGUUUGUUGUCUUUCCCUGGAGGCCAUCCAACAAGAUGCUUGGGAAGAUCUAUGAUUACCUGAUGCACUCUCUGAUCCAUUUCCAGGGAUUCUUCGUUGCCGUGAUUUACUGCUUCUGCAACAACGAGGUCCAAACCACCGUGAAGCGCCACUGGGCCCAAUUCAAAACCCAGUGGGAUCAGCGCUGGGGGAGCAGGAACCCCCGCCGCUCUGCUGCCAACGCUGCAGCCGCUGCUGCAGCCGCUGCCGCAGCCGCAGCUGAAGCCGGCGACAUCCCGGUUUACAUCUGCCAUCAGGAGCCGAGGAACGAAGCCGCCAACAACCUGGGCGAGGAGGGUGCAGAGGUCAUCGCUUUGGAGAUCAUUGAGCAAGAGUCAUCCGCUUGA